AUGAGUAAGUUAGAAAUAGUCUAUAUGAUGAAUGUUGCGCUUUAUAUCAACACUGUAGAGUCUCUUAAAACCUUUAUGGAAAUCAACAAGAAGUGUAGUUCUUGUCUUAGUGGUCUCUAUAUCAACCCAUUCAUAGAUGUCUCAGUCCAAUCUUUUUCAAUGUUCAAAGAGCAGCACAAGGCGCUAUACACUUCGAUAUUUCUAUUUCUAUUAAAGGCGUUCCCCAAAAUUGAAACGUUGCAGUGUGUUGAUUACAUGUUGGGAGAUGCCAAUAAGGUGAUAAAUAAAGUGAAGAAAAUCCGCCUUGUGAAGACUCCACACAACAGAAAUCGGUUAUCUGUUGUUGUUGCAUGCGCACACAACCACCCUAAAAUUGCGCCUCAAGCAAUUCUAAAAAUAGUGAAUUUGUGUGUUGUGACGAAGAAUGAGGCAGUUAUACCAAAUGAGAUGUAUACGAGUCUUGAGAGUGUGCAGAUCGAUGGGUGGAUCCGCAACAAAGAUCUGCUGAAUGCGAUAUUUGGACUUCCUAGUGUGAGAAAAGUGACAAUUUGGAAUUGCACACAUAUCAGUUAUUUGAACACAAUUUGGGAGUGCAUUUCUGAAGUCAAGUUGAAGCACCAACACAAAUUAGACAACGUCAACAUUUCUGUGUUUAUUGAGAAAAGCAUUUCAACAGAAAUAUACAGAGAAGAGUUUGAAAGUGCGUUUUUAGCACUCAAACAGUUGGGUGUGAGUGUGUACUACAACACAGAGAAUGUGAUAGACAACUGUCAUAUAUUAGACGAGUCGCGAUUUAUUGGUGAAGUUGUUGUCACAAAUAAGAAGGGAUUGGACUUCGGGUGUUUUAAAAAUGAUAGGGAAUAUGAUAUUGAUGUCUAUCACAACAGAGAGGGUUAUGAUAAAUGGAUGAUCAAAACAAGACGUCAUAAAAAUCAUGAACAAGAAGAUAGAGACGAUGGUGAUGAUAUUAACAAUGAUGGUAAUGAAAAUGAAAAUGCUAUUGAUUCAAAAAAUGAUGAAAUUGAUGAUAUAAAUGAUGAUGAAAAAGAAAAAGAAAAUGAUGAUAUCACUGACAAUGAAGAAGUUGAAGAUAAAAAAGAAAACAACGAAAAUGGAAUUGUAGUGCCAAAUCAAAAUGAAUGGUAUAGAGCUGAGUCAAGAUAUCCAAUAACAUGCCCACUUGUUUUACUUGACGAUGUUAUACCAACAUUCAAUCUACAAAGUCGCCUGGUCGUCAGGUUGACACUUUUUAACAUCACAAAGCAAACUAUUUGUAAUUUGUUUUGUACACAAGUCACAAUUGAAAAGUGCUCGGAUUUGACAGUCACACUGCGUGGAGUUGAUUCCACAUGUUGUAUCAACUGUUCUGCACUUUCUCUAGUAAUAGAAGACUUUGCAAACACAUUUUUAUUCAGAAAUGUUAAAAACUCGACUGUAGAGAGUCACUCCGCAUAUACAGUGUGGUCAAUGGUCCUCAACAAUUCUUCAAUUAUUUCAAUCAAAAACACGAAAAUAGGAAAUUUGAAAGCAACGCAAACAAACAAUGUGACAAUCGCACACUGCACUUUGGGUAACAUUUUCUUCGAUAAAUGUUCACAUGUUUCAUUGGACAACACAAACAAACCAAUUAAGACUGGCAAAGUUAAGACAAAGUGUUUCAGUGAUGUCACCGCCUCACACAUUCACGCACUACUCAAUGGACAUUUCAAAGUGUUAAAUUCACAAUUGUCACAAUUCACUAAUUUGCCAACAAACGAUCAAAUUGCCACACUUGUUGCUUUGACUGACAAAUGCAACUCCACCACAGAACAAGAAGUCUCUUUUGAUGUGUUUUGUGGAGUUGUGUUGUAUGACGGACACAUCGAAAUGUUGUCAUUUGUAAAUCAAAAGACAAUUCCGCCAUUCCUCACAAGUGAAAACGUCGACAUCUCAAUAAGCAUCACGAACAACUCAAUCAAAGAGGUCUUCAUCGAAAAGGCAAACCACGUGUUUGUUGAUUCACAAUUUGACAUCCAAAUAGGUUGCGGUGUUGUUUCUUCUGUUGUAUCCGACACGUUGAAUGUGGAAUACUGCGGUGUUUCUUUUGACAAAAACGUCGCAUCUGUUGUUAACAGUCAGACAGAAGAGUCAAGUCAACCAACAACGUCUUUGAUACAUGUUUGUGGUAAAGUCAGGUUUUGUGGAUAUCUUGUGAAAUUUAAUUUGGACAACUACUACUAUUUGCAAAGAACGACUCAAAAUGUUGAAAACGUUGUUGUCCAAAUGAAGAAACAAAAAGUUCUCGAUUUUGGACGACUUCCAUGGAAAAGAAUUCAAAUUGAGAACGAGAACAAAGGGACUUAUGUUGCUGACAAACUGAUUUUAAAUAAAAACACUGUGUUCCUCAAAUUAAUUGGAAUCAAAUUCAAAACAAUCGAAUCAAAUAAAACAACUCAAAUAGAACAAAAAGUCACACAAAAAGUUGUUGUACAAAACACGAUGUUUGUCAACACCAAAAAGACGAGUGUGAGUUGGAAGGAAUGUAAGACAAUAAAAUGUGGUGAGAAGGUCGAGAAAUUGGUUGUCAAGUCGUGUGAGUUGUUGGAGGAAAUUGUGAUUGGAGAGAACACACAAAGUGUGCAUUUACAGUCGUGUAAAAAGCUCAAAAGAAUUGUUGGUAAAAUGCGAGGAGUCCAAAUUAUCGCUAAAAACUGCCCAUUCUUGUUAUCAAAUACAAAACACAGCAAAAGAAAUAAAAUCACAUUUAUGCCAUAA